AUGCCAAUCAAGUCACUGGAGUCUUUCCUGUUUGAAAGGGGCCUGGUGGGGUCGUACCCCAUUGAGUCGCUGAAAAAUGCGACUUUAGGGAUUGAUGUUGACCAUUACGUUUCGCGGUUGUUGACUUCGAAAAGAGAGCAAUAUCUGGACGCAAUUGGCGGGUUUCCAACCAGUUUGAAGCUGUACUUGGAAUCGGACCUUCAGGUUUUCCAGGAAUAUGAUAUCACACCCGUUUUCGUGUUCAGUGGAUCUCCAGUGGCCAAUCAGGCUGAGGCUAGCGGGUACUACACAGCAGCAGCUGCGGAAGCUGCAGCCGCAGCGACAAAUGCGACAAGUUUGGGACCAAUGGGCCAUGCCUCGAGCACCCCAGGCAGAACGGCAAAAGAAGCGGUCUUAGCCCAGAGACAUAAAGGCUGGACCCAGUGGACCAACCUUUUGUCAAACAACCAAGCAACUUAUGUGGAUCAACCUGUACCUCCAACAGAACCCUUUCGGUAUAAUGUCCCUUUGGACACCAAACGGUUCCAGAGUGAUUUGAUCGCUUAUUUCAUUUCGCGCAAAAUACGCUACCAGGUGGCGCCAUACUCUUCGUGGUUUCAAUUGGCGUAUCUAUUGCACCAGAGCUUCAUUGACGCAAUUUAUGGGCCAACCGAACUACUGCUACUAAGCUCUGUGGAAAAAUUUAUCUUAGGCAUGGAGUUCCCUAACAAAGAAUACCGGUUCAUCGAUAAAAACCGGGUUUUGAAGGAUCUACGCUGCUCUAUGGAGGAGUUCAUCGACAUUAGUAUGGCUGUCGGGAAUGACAUUCAGCCAUACACUUUGUCACCGCUAGGUGUCUACCCCACCCAACAAGUCUUCGAGAUAGCUUUGGACAUGGUCCUCACAAGCGGCACAGAUUUCUAUGCAUACCAAAUGGUCAAUCCAAUAAAAACUGAGACUACUCAAUCCGUUGCACGCUACCAAAAAGGUGUUUCGGCAUUGAGAUACAUGCCAGUACUAAAAGAAAAUGGUAAAGUCGAACUUUACUCGCCAGCUGAAAGGGGCGAAGAUCUUGGAUCGAGUGGGUCGGAUACUUCCCACUCCCCUCCGUCAUCUGCAGGCUCAUCAGAUGUUAUUCCAAAUGAUGUGCACGACGUGGUUGCCCAAAGACUACCACACGAGUACUACUUCUACCGGUCGUUAGGUCUUAUCAGCGGGAAGCUUUUGGAUGCUCUAACGACCGGGGUAUACGCAGAAGAGCCUCCAUUAGAUGGAGGUUCUUCUGAUUCUUAUAGAAAGCUGGUCAAGGACUCCGCAGAGAUGUUCAAAAAUAAAGAAAUAAACCAACUCACACAACCCAUCAAUCGCUACUAUCAAAUAAAACCAAUAAAACAAGUGAAAUGGUUUGCGCCGGAUGAUCCAGUCACCCUGACUAACAGAGCAAUACCAUCUAUUUUUGAUAGAAUCAAUCUUUUGGUGGUCAGGACAGGACAGUCGAAUCUUCAAUUUUCAAUUUCUCAAUUCAUUUCUAUUCUAGUUGGAGCCAAGGAUUUGUCGCAAUCGUUUAUGUCCAAGCAGGUGAUAUUCCCCAAUUCUGUCCCCCAAAGUGAGAAACUAUCUACACCAUUCGAUUUAAUGGCAACCAAUUUCUUGCGCGCUCUGACCUUAUUGGAAUUUUUCGAAUCUGAUUUCAGUAAGGGCACUUUGAAACCAACUGCUUGGGGUGAGAUCUUAUUGUCAAUGAGUAAAGAUAAUCUAGAUGCUGAAUUCGCUGAAUCUGUUUUCAUACUACUCGUGUUUUUCAAGACUGGGGUGCUGUCACUAUUCCAAGAAACUACGCCAGCGACUCCAUCUGCGCUAUCCAAAGCGACACUUAGAUCGUACCCCAAGGAGUCUUUGUAUAUCUUGGCCAUUACGAGAGUAUUGAGUGUUUUUUGGAUAGAACAAAAGCCUUCUAAUUUCCAUGGUCCGGUCGAUCGGAAAACGCUUGUUUUCAGAGACCAUUUGGAUUUUGUCAAGGAGAAUUUGAACGACUUGUUUGAGGCUACGACGGUGUCUUGUCUAGCGGCGGGCGAAUUUGACAGACUUUCCUUGGACAACUUCGGAUGGCAGAGCGAAAUAGUUGGCGCCAUGCCUUUCAAAUUAUCCACACCCAGCACUGUUAUGGCUAUGAUGUGGGAGUUUUACUUACAGAAAUUUUUGCACAGUGGCGACUCUAAGGCCGAUGCUAUGUCUUUGGUAAUGACACUGUUUAACACCAGCAAGGCUGUUCCAAACCUUCAGGAAGAGUUCAAAAGGUCUCUGCGCUUUUUGGAGCAGUUUGCCAAAAUACUAGAAAAGUUGUCCAAGGCAGGACUUUGCGAGACUCAGGAUUUCACACAGUUUGCUGAGGCGGUAUCAUUUGCCAGGCAAGCAUUUUAA